AUGGCUUCAACUACUACCCUCGCCACCGGGCUGGUCCCUUCUUUGCUUCUCACCACCAGCCGGAUGCUGGUUGACAGACAUGACAAGCUUGUACAACCACCUUCCAUUCUAGCCUCGCCUAAAAGUCGUCACCGCGGGGUUCCCUCUUUACCCAAUCCGGGCCAUCCUAGUAACGCCACACCUUCACUGAGCAAGCUAGAAUCCCUUCCCGUCGAGAUAGCUGAUCAGAUACUGUCUUAUCUCAUCUACCCUCGCUGCCGCUUGCCAGGUCUCACCGAGGCUCAGAGCCGAUACGACGUUUCGGAACAACAGAAGCGGAGCAUCAAGAAUCAAGAAGAUCUUACCCAGACAGCGGACAGCCAUCGUUGGGCUGCCGACAUUUUUUCACUGCACUUACUCUCACAUCCUUUCAAUUCUCUCUCGCUCACGUCCAGGCGGUGCAAUGAGUUGGUCGAAGGCUACUGCUCACAUCUUGUGCGGCAAUGCAACAUGUUCAAUCUACCCUUCGCCCAGCUGGACAUGUAUGGCAUUGUCUACCCAGAUCUGAGUCAUAUCGUAUAUCGAAGACUGUGGCUGCAGCGUGCUCCGCGUAGGUGUAUCUACUGCUCCGCAGUGUUAGACGAUUAUCCCUUUGCACUGGUCAAAGGUGUCAUCACGGCUUGUGAAGGGUGCUUCUAUCGUCAGACCUUGACAGUAGACGAAGUACAGAUGCAAUACCACAUCUCCACUGCUACUGUUCUCUCCUCUCGAGACAUCAGAGGCAACCAUGGUUCAGUGUGGGUCUUACGUGUCGAUGUGGAAGAGCUGGCCCUGCAACUUUACCGUACUCGAGAAUUUCACAAUGCUCGUAAGGAGCAGUUCGCCACGGCCAGCUCAAAAGGCCGCAGUUCGCUUGACCGCGAAGAAACGCUCCAAGAAGCGCCCAAUUCGAUCUUGAUUUUUGAUUUUCAGUUCGGCGUCCUCCCAUCUUACAUCGACCCGCAAAAUGUCUCAACGAAAAAGAAGCCCUUCUCCGCCUUCAACAAGCAGAAAUACAGCCAUACCGUAGACCUCAUCCUCCCCGAAGAAAUAUACGAGCUCGUUAAAAAUGAGCUGGGUCGCACCGAUGGCCCCGCUAGAACGCAGUAUGCUCGGGUUCACAUGAAGCUUGGAGAAAUCCUCGAGACGGAAUUCCUAGACACGUACAUCAAGCAGGGGAGCAUCAUGAUGCUCAGCGAAGGCCGGCAGCUCAUUGACGACCGGUUCGAACUAUACGAAGGCACUCUGCGCAUGGAGCUCACGCGUCCGACGUACGAACGAUGCGGCCUACAGGGCAUCCCCAUCGAAGACGGCGGCAAGAAGCACCAGAAGCAGCGGUGGGUAGUGGAAUACGAUCUGCGCGCUAGUUCAAUGAAGCAUGGGAAAAAGGCAUUCUCAAGACUGGAGUGGGCGUGCAAGAAUGUCCUGGAUCGGUCGCUCACCUGGCUCUUCUACAACUUCAAUCCUUCUUCUGCCGAGUCGCUUGCUGAGGGCAAGGAACCGAUUUCAAGACACGCGCCUUGGCUACACAACACGGCACCUGAGGAGACAAGCAUGGACAACGUUCUUGUGCCGCAGCUCCCCGUCAGCGACCUCACGAAGCUGUAUGCUGAACAAGAAGAGGCGCUCGAUCUCCUCGAGUACCUCCACAUGCUCCAGCUGAAGUCUCCUCGAGUGCAAAAGGGCGACAACAUCAACCCGCAUCUGGCGCGUUACGACGUUCCAGAUCUAGGCAAAGGUGUCGCUACCAGGAACUUGGUCACGGUGCGAUGGAGAGGCUUCAUGUCGCCGACGUUUGUGCGCGACCUCUUCCUUACGAUUAGAAAAGAAGGCUCCAAAUGUAGGAAGAAGCUCAAUGGUACACAAGACACAGAUGUCGAUAUGGAAGGCAACAGCAUGGUCAAGGAUGAAGAGGUGGGGUGGUUUGUUAUGAGCGCUCAAGCUUUUGGAGGCAAGAAUGCCUGGACAGUGAUGCAGUUUGUAGGGCGCGAGACGCUUGUCUGGGAGACGGAGAACUGA